AUGGCCGUCCGAUCUCUUACCACUGCUCUCUCCCUCCCAUUCGUCUUCGACUUCACCCCUCUAACUUCCAGCGAUGCCGUCCAAAACCUUCGAUCCACCGAUGCUUCCCUUUUCGAGCUUCUGGAACUCUUUUCUACCGACGAUCUCGAUGCUUAUGAGGAUUUCGUUAAAGAGAACCCCAUCUCCUCUAUUUCUGCCCUGGCUUCGGUCAAGACCAUCUCCCCCGCCACAACUACAUCCUCUGCUUCAAGCGAACCACCAUCAGUGGAAACUAUCCUACAGACCAAAAUGCGUCUGCUCACCCUUGCCAGUCUUGCUGCAAAGGCUCCCUCUCGCUCUCUGCCCUACAACGACAUUGCUGCUGCUCUCCGCAUCGAGCGAGAGGAUGUAGAGAAGUGGGUUAUCGAUACCAUCCGCGCCGGUCUUGUUGAGGGAAAACUCUCCCAACUCAAAGGUGAAUUCCUUGUUCACCGUGCUACGUACCGUGUCUUCGGCGAGCGACAGUGGGGUGAAGUCCAAGGUCGUCUCAUGGUAUGGAAGCAGAGUCUGUUGAACGUCCUCGAAGUCAUCCGCUCCGAAAAGGAGAAGUUCAAGGAAGCUGCCUCUGCUGCAGCUGCUCCCGCCCAGGGAUCCGCUGAAGCUGAUCGAUUCUCAUUUGGAGGAGGAAGAGGAGGCGGCGAGCGAAGGAGAGGUGGCCACCAAUCACAUCAACAUCAAGCUAGGGAUAUGGAGUUGGUUGCCGGUGGUGACUAA